CUUAGACUUAUAGAUUACAUAUAUAUAAUUACAUAUAUAUAUCCAGCAGUAUUAAUUAUUUAAUUAUAAUUUUCUAUCGUAUUGUAGUUUGCAAGCCUUUUAUUUAGCCUACUUAUUGAGGAUUUCCCCAGCGAUAGAGCCCAAUCGUAACGUAACGUAAAUACUCCUAACAUACGGAAUAUAAAAGCGCCCUAUUCUCAUCUCCAUCUUUCUUUCUCCACACUCUAUCCGGGACGUCCCGCUCCGAGUCCGCAGCCGCCCCGAGCAAUGGGUUCCUUCUCACCCUCGUCUUUCUCCACGGCCACGGCCACGGCUACAGCCGCCGUACCGUUCAACGUAAAGAAGAUCGCCGUCAUCGGCGCCGGGCCCAGCGGCUUAGCGGCAGCGAAAUAUCUACUCGCGCAAGAUGGCGCGUUCCCGCGCAUCGACGUCUUGGAGCAGCAGGCCGAGGUAGGCGGCGUGUGGAAUUAUAGCCCUGUGCCACGGCCCGCUGAGGCGCUGCCUGUGCCGCAGACGGAUGCGCAUCCUAAGAGGCCGGAUCCGCCGGUUUAUGUUCCCGUGGAAAAGGAUGGGGACGGGACGGGGACGGUGCCGCUGUUUCCGUCUCCGAUGUACGAUGAUUUGCAUACGAAUAUCCCGCAUACCCUGAUGAAGUACUCGGACUUGGCGUUCCCCGAGGGCUGCGAUAUCUUCCCGACGAGGGGGGAUGUACAGGCGUAUCUGGUUGAGUACGCGAGGGAUGUGCGGCAUUUGAUUAAGUUCUCUACGCAAGUCACUAAUGUUUCGCUGCGGAGUGUUGAGGGCCAGCCGCGGGAGCGGGAGCAGUGGGAUGUGAGGACUACGGAUUUACUUACCGGGAAAGAAACUACGGAGACGUAUGAUGCGGUGGUUGUGGCGUCGGGACACUACUCGACGCCGUAUAUUCCGGACUCUGUUGAGGGUAUUGCUGCCUUUCACGCCAAGCAUCCGGGGGUUAUAUCGCAUUCGAAGCUCUACCGCAACGCGGAGCCGUUCCGCGGGAAGAAAGUCGUGGUUGUGGGGACUGGCGCUUCGGGGCUAGAUAUCGCGGCGCAAAUCCAACGCGUGUGUAAGACGCCCCUGAUUCUCUCGGCGCAGACAGCAGCGCCCCCUGAGACCCUUGAGCAUAUCGGAAACCCCGUACAGGUCGGGCAGAUCAAGAGAUUUUUGAUCGAGGAGAGGGGUGUUGAGUUCUUCCCCCUGGAUGAGGAUGAAGACGAUAGCGCUGAAAAGAAGGAGAAAGGGGAGACGAAAAUCGAAACAGAUAUCGACGCCAUACUCUUCUGCACAGGGUACCUCUACACCUUCCCCUUCCUCCCCGACGUCCCCCUGGUCACCAACGGCCGCCAAGUCCACGGUCUCGCAAAACACCUCCUACACAUCACGCACCCGACCCUAGCCUUCCCCGGCCUCCCCAUAAAAGUAAUCCCCUUCCCCCUAACCGAAUCCCAAGGCGCCGUCCUAGCACGCCUAUGGUCAAACACGCUCCCCUUGCCCCCAACUCCAAUCCUCGAGCAAUGGGCGCGUGAAGACGGCGAGGGGACUAGCGAGGGGAAGUACCAUGUAUUUCCCAAGGGUGGGGAUGGGCGGUAUAUCAACGGGUUGUACGAAUGGUUGGAGAAAGAAAGUUUAGGGGAGAAGGGGAAGGGGAAGGGAAAGGAGCCGCCGCAUUGGGACGCCGAGAUGCUCUGGCAAAGAGGCAUUUACGCCGAGGCGAAGAUGCAGUUUGAGAAGACGGGGAAGAAGGCCAAGACACUGGAGGAGCUGGGGUUUCGGUAUGUGCCUGAGGAGGUGGAGGUGAAGAAGGCGGAGGAUGUGGAAGGGAAAGAUCCGCAUUUGGAUGUUGCUGGGUAAUCGUAUGCACAUAUCGCUCUUUAGCUAGCGAGCUUAGAGAUGGCCAGAAGAUACAUAAACCGGGAUUAUGAGGAGUAUCAUGA